AUGGCGCAAAGUAACGUCCCUAGCGGCUCUUUCCCAUCUACCGACUCCGUUGGAACCCCAUCCUCCCCCUCUUCCACCUCCUCUUCCUCCUUCUCCACUGCCGCAACCGCCAACAUUAGCCCCGACUUUGCAUCAAUACCCUUCACCGCAGGGAUCCCUAUGGCCUCUGCCAUCUCCAAUACAGGCGCAGGAGCCGCAGGUCCAGGUCUUGGCUGGAGGGAUCCGCCCAAAGGUCUCGAGCUUUCUCAAGUCCACUAUCUAGUCCGUCAUGGCGAGAGAACACCAGUUCGCACUCGUCUCACACAUAUCUUCCCCGAAAAAUGGAACCUCUGUCGUGCCGGUCGCGAGUUCGAUGCUACAGUCCUCGACUUGGCUCCGAACGCGUAUAACUCCAUUCCACCUUUCGAGGUUGGACAGAUCCAUCCUGGAAAGACAGCAGUGAUGCAUAGCAGCAUCAUGCGCAUGCGGAGAAGUGUGGAGACCGAAUCAUCACGGUCUGGCACUGGACAGAAGGAUGAGGAAGGCGAAUGUAUGUUGGGCCAGCUCACUGAUCUUGGUCGACUGUCAACGUUAAGGUUUGGUCGGGAGCUUCGUGGGCUCUACGUUGACAAACUUGGCUUUCUGCCGCAGCUGCUCACAAGCAAGGAUCACGAUGCAAUGUACUUCCGCAGUACCAACAUGUCACGGACCAUCGAGAGUCUCGAGCAAGUCGUUCGCGGCCUCCACUCGAACGCUGUUCAACCCAACACUGCAGGACAAUUCAUCCCCAAAGUACUAGUGCGCAAUGGAACAGACGAGAACCUCCUCCCCAACACAUACGGCUGUUCACGAUUAUGUGCCCUUGACAAAGCCUUUGCCGACGCAGCAGCACGAGCCAUCAACCCAUCUCUGGAAGAGUUCGAUUCGCAACUCGAAUCCGUCACAGGUUCCAUACCCCGCGUCGACGGUCGACCACGACUCAACGGAAUCGUCGACACGGUCAAGGCAGCACAAGCACAUGGAUUCCCCAUGCCUGCCGCACUCGCCGAUCAACGCAUGCUUCGCAAGUUCGAAGAAGCAGUUGUCGCCGAAUGGUUUUCUGGUUACAAAGCACUAGAUCCGGAUCAGAGGCUGGAGUUCCGACGUCUAGCAAUGGGCAGGUUCGUUAAUGAUUUGGCCUCGCGAAUGUCUUCUCGCGCAGAAAAGGGUGAACAGGAUCCACUUAAGCUUGCUAUUUAUGCUACUCACGAUACCGCGUUGGCGGGAAUGCUGUGUACGUUGGACUGCUUUGAUGGUCGAUGGCCAACGUUCACCGCUUCGAUGGGUGUGGAGUUGUUCAAAGACACAACAGCACCAAAGUCCAGUUCGAUACUGGGACUUUUAGGGCUAGGAUCGAAGCCGGUACAGCAGCACUACGUUCGAGUGAGAUACGGUGACAGGGAUAUGCAACUCCCAGCAUGCGCUGCAAAGGGGAAACAUUUCGAGGGCAGACCAGAGUUGUGUACCUUGGAAGCAUUCAUGGACAUUGCCAAGUCUCUACAACAUCCCAAAGGCUGGACGUGGGAACAACAAUGUGCUGUUGGACAAGGGCCGCGAUCGUCAAAGUAA